UAUAUUCAACUAGAGUGUUCAGUAUUUACAUAAGUCAUAAAUAUCUAAAUAAUCAUGGACUUAGAGAUAAAUGUGUAAUGUUUACGCGUUUAUGUUGCGAAAGUUAUAAUUAAAUUUACACUUAACUUAAUUUAUAUUAUAUUCUUAGCUUUGAUUUCAGAUGGGCUUGACAGAAACAUUCUACGAAGUUCUUCAAUGGAUGCUUGGACUCGUGAUACAGAUGAAACCUGUAUACAUUUAUUGUCCAAACCCGGAAUGGAAAUCAGAGUUCAGGAAGUUUACAGGCUGGUCGUGGGAUUGUAAAGAAAUAACAAAUGAAUCAGAAGCAAUAGGAGGACAUCCUAUUAUUGUCUUAUGCGAAAAACGUACCCGUCUUGUAUCUGACCUUGAUGGAACAAUUGAACACACAUUUAAAGGUGUUGAUUGGUUUAGACGAAUAAUUGUUGUGUAUAUUGAAACUGGCGCGCGAAAAGAAAGAAUGGAAAAUAUAUCAUAUUUUAUACCAGAAAUCGAAAAAUACGGAUCCAUCUGUGGAGUUAUAAACUUUUCUGCUACCAGAACAAGUUUUACGAAGAUGCAUAUUCCAAAGGAUAGUUUAAAUACAACAGCCAACAAGGUUUUGCAUAAACUAAUGAGUUUGAAUUUCGAGUUCUAA